AUGCCGCCUAACCAGCCGCUUGAAUUCCCCAUCGAGCCUAAGGUGGGUGCUGGCCUCUGCCUCUUUUUCUACUCGCAGCUCUUCGUCACCCCGCCCCUUCCCCAGCACUCCUUUGCUGGACAAACCGUCAUCAUCACCGGCUCCAACACUGGACUUGGACUAGAGGCGGCGCGUCAUUUCUAUCGCUUGAACUGUGCUCGGCUGAUUCUCGCCGUCCGCACAGUCAGUAAGGGCCAGACGGCCAAGGAGGAGCUCGUGAAAAGUGUCCCGACGCGGUCAGACCCCGAUGCGAUCGAAGUGUGGCCCCUCGAUCAGUCGAGCACUGCUUCGACGCUUGCAUUCGCCGACAAGGUGAAAACAGAGUUGACCCGGCUGGACGUGGUUGUCGAAAAUGCGGGCAUCAACUCGGGCGAGUGGAAGCUGUGUGAGGACUUCGAACAGGCGGUCCAGGUCAACGUACUUAACACCUUUCUCCUUGCUCUGGCCCUGCUCCCCAAACUCAACGAGACGAAGAGCAAUUACCCGGAUUCCCUGCCGCAUCUGGCGGUUGUGAGCUCUGAGGCGCACCGCUUGGCCAAAUUCCCUGAGAUCAAUGCCCCAGAUCUGUACGCCCAGUUGAACGAGAAAAAGGACUUUAGUCAACAACCAAGAUACCAGGCUACCAAGUUGAUCGAGGUGCUUUUCACCCGCGAACUUGUCGCCCGGCUCAAGGGCAAGAAAGAAACCACAAAUCCCCCCGUGAUCAUUAAUCUAGUCAAUCCAGGUCUUUGUACCUCUAACCUCGACCGCAGUGGUGAGAAACCGCCGGCGAUUAUCCGCUUCCUCCGCUGGAUCUUCGAUCGGACGACCGAAGUCGGUGGCCGGACAUUAGUGCUGGCCGCUGCGGCCCCCGUCAGUUCGCAUGGCGAAUACCAGAGCGAUGGCACAAGCCAAAACGUGGAGUCCUGGAUCUAUACCGAUGUUGGACGCCGGGCACAGACCAAGGUCUUCGAACAGACGAUCAAGAUUCUCGAAACCCGCCAACCAGGCAUUUCCCACGCCGCGGGC